CUUAGGUGGGCUUAUAUCCAUAUAGGUACUUGUCCAAAAGUUGUACCUAUUUUGCGGUGCUCCGCAUACAUGUCCCUGACCUUCACUUUAAACUAAUCAUGCUCCUCUCAAUAUGCAGUAAUGGCCUAAUCCUUGUCGUCUGUUGGGUGGUCUUCAGUGGCGAUUGCUUCGCAGAAUCCCCAUAUCCAAGAUGUGGUGGAUUGUAGCACUAAUGCUGUUCCACCCUAGGUUGUUGGUUGAAUCGGAUUGUUCGAGAUUCGCACUCCUGGUUCGGCGGGGCGAAAUCCCACCUUUCUUGGCAAAAGGGCGCCCCGCCGGGUCUGGGCCUCGUGUGUUGCCCGGGCCAAUCUCACGGAUUCAAGCAGACCCGCUGGCGGCUGGACCUUCAGCCGAUGCUUUUGGGUGUGGGAUUACUAGGUAGUGCCAAAAGUAAUAAGCUCGCUGCCA